AUGGAUGCCGACGAGCUCCUGGCGCAGGAUCAUCGCAAGCCAGAGACCGAGGAGGAUCUGGACCAAAAAUACCCCAACAGACCUCACAAUCGAGGUUCAACAUGGCCCUUUCACAACCUGUACCUUGACCUAUUCAACCCUUUAAGUGAAAUAAAGAAGGAUCGCGCAACCGCCGCUCCAGCCCGUCGAAAAGUCGGCCCCCAUGGCAAAAGUGCUGCCCAUCUCAAUCCAUUGGAGCGUCGGCGCGAUGUAAUUGAGCGCUUCAUCUCGCGAUGGCGAAAGGAAGUCGGCGACGAUAUUUACCCUGCCCUUCGACUAAUUCUUCCCGAUAAAGAUCGUGAUCGGCCAAUGUAUGGCCUCAAGGAGAAGGGCAUAGGAAAGAUGCUCGUCAAGAUUAUGAAGAUCAAUAAAGAAUCAGAAGAUGGCCAUAAUCUUCUGAACUGGAAACUGCCUGGUCAGGGUGCUGGAGCGCGCAUGGCCGGUGAUUUUGCCGGGAGGUGCUUUGACGUUCUCUCGAAGCGGCCUAUGCGGAUCGAGCCGGGCGACAUGACCAUCGACGAAGUCAACGAGAAGCUGGAUAAGCUAUCUGCUGCAUCCAAGGAGGAUGAGCAACUGCCAAUAAUGACAGAGUUCUACCGGCGUAUGAAUCCGGAAGAGCUUCUAUGGCUCAUUCGCGUCAUCCUUCGACAGAUGAAGAUUGGUGCUACUGAGCGGACGCUAUUUGAUGUCUGGCAUCCCGAUGCUGAGAGCCUGUAUAGCAUCUCCAGUAGCUUGCGGCGUGUGUGCUGGGAACUUCAUGAUCCCAACAUCAGACUUGAAGGAGAGGAACGCGGUGUUGCGUUGAUGCAAUGCUUCCAGCCCCAGCUGGCUCAAUUCCAGAUGCACUCCUUCGAAAAGGUAAUUGCUCGUAUGAAGCCAACAGAAGAUGAUAACGUGUUUUGGAUCGAGGAGAAGCUCGACGGUGAGCGUAUGCAACUUCACAUGGUGCCCGACGAGUCCACUAGCGGUGGCCGGAAAUUCGGCUUUUGGUCGCGCAAAGCGAAAGAAUACACCUAUCUCUAUGGGAAUGGUGUCAACGAUGAAAACGGUGCUUUAACGAGAUAUCUGAAAGAUGCUUUCAUAGACGGAGUGCAGAGCAUUAUUCUCGAUGGUGAGAUGAUCACUUGGGAUCCUGAACAAGACGCCAUUGUUCCAUUUGGUACACUUAAGACUGCCGCGCUGGCGGAACAGCGCAAUCCUCACUCCAAUGUUCCUCGACCGUUGUUCCGCGUGUUCGAUAUUUUACAUUUGAACGGACGAGAUCUGACAAAGUACACACUCCGUGAUCGACGCAAUGCCCUGAAGAAGACUGUCCGGCCUGUCCAUCGCCGAUUCGAAAUCCACCCCUACGAAGAAGCCACCACUGCGGCAGAAGUUGAAACAGCUUUGCGAAAAGUUGUUGCCGAGGCUUCUGAAGGUCUUGUGUUGAAAAACCCACGCUCUCCCUAUCGCCUGAACGAGCGCCACGAUGACUGGAUGAAAGUUAAACCAGAAUACAUGACCGAAUUUGGAGAGUCCCUUGACGUUGUUAUCAUUGGUGGAUACUACGGCUCUGGACACCGAGGAGGUGCGCUGUCCAGUUUCCUCUGUGGACUUCGCAGCGACAACGACAAACAAGGAGCAGAAUCCAUGAGAUUUUGGUCCUUUUGUAAGGUUGGUGGCGGGUAUACUGCGGCUGAUUAUCAGGAAAUCCGACAUCAUACGGAAGGCAAGUGGAAGGAGUGGGAUGCCAAAAGGCCACCAACCGCCUUCAUCGAACUUGCUGGCGGAGACGCCCAGUAUGAGCGUCCCGAUAUGUGGAUCAAACCCUCGGACUCGCUUGUUCUGUGUGUGAAAGCUGCAUCUGUUGCAAUCAGUGACCAAUUCCGCAUGGGAUUGACGUUGCGCUUUCCUCGGUUCAAGAAAUUGCGCAAGGACAAGGACUGGAAGACUGCGCUGUCGGUUCAAGAAUUUCUUGAUCUUAAGUCUAAUGCAGAGCAAGAGCAUCGAGAGAAGGAGUUCUCUCUUGAUAAGUCUCGCAAGAAGCGAGUCAAGAGGACCACUAAGAAACCACUCGCGGUUGCCGGCUACGAUGGAGACGUUGAUGUCAAGUACAGCGGGCCUUCUGGGCAUAUUUUUGAUGAGCUUAACUUCUUCAUAAUGACCGAGUGUCACGUCCCCGAAAAGAAGACAAAACCGGAGCUAGAACAACUUGUAAAGGCCAACGGGGGCAAAAUCUACCAAACUAACACAGCAGCGGCGGAUACGCUUUGUAUUGCGGAACGGAGGACGGUCAAAGUGGCCUCAUUACAGAAGAACGGACAGCAAAGCAUCAUUCGGCCAUCUUGGCUUCUUGACUGCGUCAAGCAAAAUGUAAUAGACACAGGCCUACCCGAUCUUCUUCUCCCGUUCGAACCCAAACAUAUGUUCUUCAUGACAGAAGACAAAGAAGAAGAAGUCGCAGCAAACGUCGACAAAUUCAACGACAGCUACGCCCGCGACACAAACAUCGAUGAGCUCAGAGAGAUCUUCAAACAAAUGGACCAAACACAAGACGACUACACAAUCGACGCAAAAACCUUCGAAAGAACCGAAAUCGACAUGCAAGAAAAAGUCAACGCCGGUUACACGGCGCCAUGUGGCUGGCUUUUCCGCGGCCUCACCUUCCUCUUCUAUGCAAACACCACCCCACAAAAGAAACCAGCAACCCGCGAACUAAGAAAAGAAGAUCAACGCCUCUCCCUCGCUCACAACACGGCCCGCUUUGCAGGUGCCGCGAGCGCGACAUCCCUGAAAACCGCGGGCAUCACGCAUGUAAUAAUUGAUCCCGGGACGUUGUCUUCGGCGGAUCUCUCUUCUCUUCGGAGCUCACUGGUUGAGAAGCCCGGGAAUAAGAUGCCUCAUUUGGUUAGUGUGGAGUGGGUGGAGGAAUGUUGGAAGAAUGGGACGAUAUUGGAUGAGGAGCGAUUCCCGGCUCCGCGAUGA